AUGUACCCAUGUAGAUCUUCCCCCUCAAGAUCUUAUGGCGAUUUUGAGGAAGAAUGGAUCAAACUAGGAGAGGAGUCGUAUGUAGGGAUCUUUGAGUCAGGAAAUUCUCCAGAUGACCCUUACGAGCCCAAAGUUAAAACUGGAGUAAAAAGGAAAAUAAGUGAGUCUGAAGACUCGCUUAUUCUGACCCGGAGAAAAAUGAGCAAAACCACAGAAGAAAAUGACGAUGUGUUCCCUUUUAAAAACCAAGAAAUUGAGAAAGAAGACAUCGUUUUAACGAAAUUUAGGAGGGACAACCCAACAAAAUAUAAAGCCUUGGAAGGCAGAUUUUUGGGAAAUAGCCCCGCAUCUCCCAUCUCUAUUGCUUCCAGCCCCCCUGCAUCGCCCAAAAACUGCAACAUGCCAUCCAACCCACCCUUGCCAAUCUAUAGCCCAUCAUCGCCCAGCGACGUGUCAUCCAACACUGCAUUGCAAAUCAGCGUACCAGAAUUGAACUCGAUCUCUAACCUUCCAACACCUGAUCACAACUUAACACCAUCCAGAAAUACAACAGUGCCCCAAACAACUCCCGCGCAAACCUCUGGGCAGUAUCCACUCAAGGCGGAGCUAAGCGCUCUCUGCGAACUCGUGGAUUCAGUUCGUGUGGACCUUUUACAAACCUCGAUGAUUGUUAACUACAUUCAGGCUUAUAAUUAA